AACAAUUCAGGCCACCCUUGACCCAAAUUUCUUUGUGGGUUUUAGCCCAAACAAAUUGAUCCAUAAGUGAAUUGAUUAUUACUUUGCUCAAGUCGUCAAGUAGAGGUCGAGCUGCACUCUGAAUAUAUAUUACUAAAGUUAGGGUUUACUUGUCUCGAUUCUGCGUUUUGAUUCCUGGCUCUGUCUCGCUCUCACCGCUUCAGGUUUAUCGACUGUAGCCCUAAAUCACAGUCUGCCUCGAUCUUAUUUUUUCCUUAUAUUUGACUGAACACUCCUAGUCUUUUCAUUUUAUCUCUGUAUAGAGUAUUUAACGAUUAAUCUUUCGUCUGUUUCUGGUUGACUUGAUCAUUAAGGAUGGUCGUUACAGUUUCGGAUGAAGAAACAUCUUCGUUGUGUUCCUUCGCAUCAGAGUCAACAACUUCGCAAACCUUCUGGACAGAACGUCCUCCUGGUUCUUAUUCCCUGAAAGUCCAGAAUCUCGCACAACUCAUCGGUGAAAAAUACCACACUCGUGGUUUCUUAGUAAAUGGCUACAAUUGGAGAUUAAUUAUAUAUCCAAAAGGGAAUGAAAAGGACAAUGGAAGUGGAUAUAUUUCGAUGUACGUUGAAAUAGACAGCACAAGCGAGGUGUUUGCAUAUCUCACCUUCUUUGUCUAUAACAAGAAAGUAAACAAAUAUUUAUGUAUUCAAGAUACACAAGUGAAGCGUUUUAAUGCACUGAAGAAGGUGUGGGGAUCUUCUCAAAUGCUUCCACUUGAGUUAUUCAAUGAUCCUAAAAAUGGAUAUAUAUUUGAGGAAGAUCAAUGCGAAUUUGGAGUUGAUGUGAGUCAUGUGACGAUUGAUUCAACCCUUACCAACUGGGAAAUCGUCUCUUUUAAUGAGAAUUUUUGUUAUUCCAAAUUCUUCUUUAGUGUCAAGAAUUUCACGAUGCUGAAUGAACAUCUCUAUUACAUGUCUAAUACAUUUUCAGUGGGAGGAAAGACAUGGGUGCUAAGGUUUUAUCGCAAGUGCUUCUCUACAUUAGACGACAAAUGGAUCUCCAUUUUUCUACAUCUAGCCGACAAUGAAAGAUUGUUACCGGAUGAGAGGAUUUACACGCGUGGUCAUUUCCGAGUUCUAGACCCAUGUAGAUCUAAUCACAUCACAGAGAAAUUUAACUGCUGGCACGAUCAAUCAAACUCAGGUUGCGGUCACGACAAAGUGGUGUCAAUGGAUAAGCUCAGGGAGGUUUACUUGGACGAAGAUGACACUUUGAGCGUAGCGAUUGAAUUUGAAGUUAUGUCUGCGACCAGUUACUCUCCCAUCAAUUACUCUGCCAUUAUCUAAGCUCUCCCGCUUCCCCCGUUACUCUCUCUGUCUCAUUAAUUUGCAAAAAAGAACAAAAAAGGCGCAUUUACGUUGGGUUUUCGUUGCAAUGGACUUUCUUUUUUUCAUCGCAUUAUUUUCGAAAUUCUUUUUGAUUCGGUUGGGAUUGAGAUUUAUGACUGGUUUCUCCGCUAUCACCCGCAAACGCAGCUUUUGCGGUUAGUAAUGGUUGUUAGUGUUUUGCAACAAUCACUCAAACCGCUCUAAACCGCUU